GCUCUCUGUAUUCAAAUUCUGUUUUCCUUUUCCAUUGUAAAACUUAAAGUUCUGCAGUAGGGCUUCGAGACCCAACGCUUUUGAUGAUGCAUAAACCUUUUGGGCAACUAGAUUAAUAUAAGAUGGCAAAUGAAACGAAGUAACACGGGUCGGAACUAUGUUCAUCCAGUGUCGUGCUCGGCGGAAUAUAAACAAGGUAACACGUCUUCUGGGAACUUGAGGAAGGCAACGUGAACAGAGUUGUGGGUUCUCUCGUACAGUCACAUUAUUUUGCAUGUCCCACCGUCUAGCAUUGGAAGGAAAGGAAAAAGGACAACACGGACUAAAGGCGAAACAAACCUAAUUGACAUAUUGGCUGGUCGCACACACGGGCAGCAUGGUGUUUUUCACUUGCAAUGCGUGCGGCGAGUCCCUGAAGAAAGCUCAGGUUGAGAAACACGUGAACAUCUGCCGAGGCUGUCGAACUUUGUCUUGCAUUGACUGCGGAAAAGACUUCUGGGGGGACGACUAUAAAAACCACCUCAAGUGUAUCAGCGAAGAUCAGAAGUAUGGAGGAAAGGGCUAUGAAGCAAAGUCUAACAAAGGUGAUGUCAAGCAGCAGCAGUGGAUUCAGAGAAUUCACGAAGCCAUGAACAAGCCAGGAAUCAGCUCAAAGCUAAAAGAUAUACUGGGUCAAGUCAGCUCUUAUGACAACGUUCCCAGGAAAAAGGCAAAAUUUCAGAACUGGAUGAAGAACAGUCUGAAGAUACACAACACAGCCUUGCACGAUCAGGUGUGGGACAUCUUCUCUGAAGCCACCAGCAAUGCUUCUGCUGCCCCGAAACAGGGCGUUGUCGCACAGCACACGGAGAGUGCGGUGGAGCAGCCCGUAUGCGCGCAGGUGGAGGAGAACGGAGGCCAGGAGGCCCCACCCAAGGAGAAGAAAAAGAACAAACGAGAGAGGAAAGAAGAACGGCAAAAAAAGGGCAAAAAGAAGAGAGGGGAAGAAAACGGGGUCACUGCAGAGCAGCAGCCGCAGGAGGGGGAGGGGCCAGACGCCACCGAGAAGCAGAGGAAGAAGAAGAGGAGGAGGGAAGAGGAGGAAACCCCCGUCAGGAACGGAGGAGGAGAAACUGAGAAUGGACACACCCUGGAGGGAGAGACAGCUGCCAAGAAAUCAAAGAAAAGCAAGAAAGGCCACCCGGAACAUAACGCACAUGCUGUUGAAACUGAGCAGGAAACUGGAGGUGAUGAUGAGGGUGAAUCUAACCCCAAAGGUAAAUUUAACUGGAAAGGAACAAUAAAAGCAGUCUUGAAAGAAGCGCCUGAGGAGGGAUUGUCAGUUAAGAAACUGAGGAAGAAGGUUUUGUCGGCGUACUACGGCUUCAGCGGUGACGGAAAUCACAAAUCGGAGGAAGAGCUGCUUGCUCUGUUCAGCAAAAAAGUCAACAAUAACCCCAAAUUUCGAGUAUUGAAAGAAAAGGUCCGACUCAUAAAAUAAUCCCCGUUAAUACCGCACAGAGCCCCACAUUUUACAAUCUCCACGGUAACCAGUUUUUUGGUAUGUAUGUGAUUUCCUCAGAAAUGCCGUCAAAUUUUUUUUUUCUGUUUUAAUAAAUAUUUAAAAAAAAGAAAAUUUCAGUUGUUUCCAUUGUACAUACAUUAUGGCACUGUUGUAAAGAUGGACUAAGGCCUGUAUUAAAGCCAUAUUAGCCCUUAA